AGGGGGGCGGAAGUAAGCUGUUCGGAACUGUCAAAAACUACAAAAAGAUGUAUGCUGGGAAAUAGCCGUGGAUUGAAGCGUUCUAAAACCAGCUGUCACGUGACAAAACAGCGUUAUAAGGGGCAGCGAAGUAGUUAAUAAUGCGGUUAUGUGGCAUAAGUACAUAUAAACAAAGGUAGUUAUUGUGGUCCAGAAAGAUGAAUGUAUCGCCACCGCCUCCAGUUGGACGAUGCCUGGAUAUGUGCCCAAUGCGAGAGUGCAAAGAAAGAGAGCAACAGGGUCGUCUGUUCAGAUUCGAGACUCUAGUGGGUGAAGGGAAUUGGGCAAGAGGGAGAUGUAAAAUGCGAAGCCUCCCAUUAGCUGACCCCUCCAAAACUGUUAAAGAAUACAGCCGCCCUGCUGCAGGAAAGAAGCUGUCUUCUCCGUGUGACCUCCGACCUCCGUCUGUGUUGUUAAAAACCGUGAACUACCUAUUGAUGGAAGUGUGGGAUCACGUAAACGAAAGAGAUUUAGCAUCUUUGGCAGAGGCUUAUAUUUUUGUAUUUGAUCGUCUACGGGCAGUGAGGCAGGACUUGACAGUACAGAGGAUCCAAGGACGUUUAGGGGCCUUUGUUUUGGAGGGGAGCCUUGGAUUCCUUCUUUGUGCUCCAUAUCUCGUGAGAGACUUGCCCUCAGAUAGCUAUGAUGAAGUGUUGCACGCAAAGCAGGUUCGGGAUUGCUUUGCUGAUCUGAUGGAAUGCUACGGAAUGGAUCCAAAAUGCCCCAGGGAAGCUGAGUUUCAAGCCUUGUUGCUUCUGUAUGAUUUAGGCAAUAUGGACACCAUAAAUCGUGCUCUGAAGCUACCACGUGGCGUGGGCGAUUCACCACAGGUGCAGAUUGCGUUGGCAGUAAAUCGUGCCUAUUUGGAAGGAAACUGGGUACGAUUGUUCCGUUUGGUUCAUCAGCUUGACUGCCUGCAGGCUUGCUCUUUCUACAGACAUCUUCCCAAUGCCCGAGACAAUGCACUACGAGUCCUAACCCAUGCCUACAGCAGCCGGAACUGUCGCUUUCCACUAGAUCUCCUUGUGGUGCUCUUGGCAAUUGACACGACUGGGAUGGCCAGUGAAAUGUGUAGGAGGAGAGGCUUGGCUGUUAUUUCGGGGGAGAAACAAUCUGUGGUUUUUUUUAAAGCAUCUUUUAAGGAUUCAGGGCCUGAAUGCGCAGGGAGAGAGUAUAUUUUAAUAGAAACAAAAAGGGGGGACUUCACCUGGGCUGAGAUUAUGAUGGGUGAGAAUGAGGGAGAAUUCAUGAGGCCAAAAACUAACUAAAGGAAAUUGUGAACUGUUUUAUUAAAAAUGUAUUACAAAGUGUUAUCAUACAUUUGUAUUUCAAGGUGGUUAACAUUUUGGAGAUCUCUGAUGUUAAACAGAACAAAGGACCCAUCAUAUCCAGG